AUGACAAACCUACAACUUCUCUUGAAAUCAGUAGAAUUGAAUCCAACCAACGAAGAAAUCUACAUCUCCAUGCUUGUAUACGCUCGAACCGAAUCGUUGACUCUCAACAACGGUGAAACACUAAGUUACAAGCAGAUCCUUUUGAAAAUCAUCUCAUUGAAUCCAAGAAUCCCCGGUAUGUAUUUCGAUCUUGCCACCAAACUCAAAGACAAUUUCGAAAGCAUCACGCUGCUCUCUGGUGAGAAGAUGAAUAAGCAAAAGUUGAUUCUACAUGCCAUCAAACUCGAUCCUAACGAAUGGGAAUCCUACUUGCUCCUUGCCAACAGUCUCGAAGGUCAAGAAGCCACCGUCGAGCUAGCAAAUGGAAGACGAAUGAAUAAGAUGCAACUGUAUCUUCAAACGAUCAAGCUGAAUCCAUACGUUGAGAGCCCAUACAUCGGGAUAGCCAAAGAAAUGAAGAGACACGAUGCUAUCAGAUUGCCAUCCGGUGAGGUGGCGACAAAGAGACAGAUCUUCUUGAAAGCUAUCCACAUCAAUCCAACACACGAUUGUAUCUACUACAAUAUUCUGGAGGAUCUUCAAGAUUGGGAAACCAUCACAUUACUAUCUGGUCGAGUGAUGACAAAACACUUCUUUCCCGACACUGAAACAAUACUGUUGCCAAGUGGUGAGAAUAUGACAAAGAGACAUCUAAUGCAAACAUUUGAAUUCGUACAAGAUAGAUAUCAUCAAAGUCAAUAUCUUCAUUUUCAUUAG